CAUGCUGGACUGCCAUCAGUACACGGUCCAAACGGGCGAGGAAACUUUUAUGGGCUAUGUGACGAAGCAUAAGGCGGCCCUUAUCAACGCGAUACAGCUGCUACCGAAGGCAGAAGCGGCGCACGAGGUAGAGCUGGCCCUCAACUUCAUGCAGUACUACAUGCAGCUGGAAGACGAUGGUUUGAUUGAUCAACCGAAAGCUCAGCACCGGGUACUAAUCGACCGGCGUAAGUCGGUAUUUGAGAUCAUGCUGGAUUUGCAUUCGGCCAUGCGAGCAACGUGCGUUGGCUUCAAGUUAUACUUCUACGGUGAAAAUCCAAUCACGAGCGAGUUCAUUCAGCUGCUGCUACAGUAUCCUUCGUUUUCGUCCCACGAUGGCGAUCAGCUGUCGUUGAUCGGCGAAAUCCCGUUACACCUGGCUUACUGUACCAUGAUCGUGUUCGAUUCGAGCGAUCUGGAAUCGGCAAGCGACCGGCUGGCACAAGCGUGGACGACGAAUGAUGCGCCCUGGGCCAUCCGUAACGUGCUGGUGCAGGAAAACGUUAAGGAUGAAUUCGUUCAGCUCGUUAAGGCGAAGCUGAAGCCGUUCACUGACGAACAGAGCCUGUUCCUAAAGGUUGCGCUGCAGAAAGCGGCCGAUGCGGCCAAGAGCGUUGGUGUGCAGUUGGUACAAAGCGAUUUAGAAACGAACGACAUUAAGCCAAUGCUUGCAUUCGUCCCAGGCGUCCAGUAUCUGCUGGCGACCAACACUGACGCCAUUAGGCCAAGCCCGAUUAUCGCUAUAAAUGCAUUCCGCACGGCAAAGGAAGCAAUCGCACUGGCAAACAGCAACAACGGUGGAUCCGUGUCACUGUGGACCGAAGAACUGUCGCUAACGUUCGAGGUUGCGUACGGAUUGCGCACUCAGACCGUUUGGGUGAAUAGCUACGCCGAGUUCAAUCCGGACUGUGCGUACACGUUCCGUAAGGAUGAUUUCUGCUACGGCUCAGAAUAUGCUGUCUGCGAGAAGAAAGUAAAGGCCGUCUUCGUACCGACGGCCGUUACACCUUCGAACAGUGCGGAGAAAAAUCGACUCGCGAUCAAGAGCCUUGGUACGUACGUGGCCAACAAGCGUAGCUACCGGGGCAAUACGGUGCAGCUGAAGAAUGGUAUCCGGUACGAAGUCAUCUGUGGACCAGCCGAAUUAGAAGCUUACGGUGAAGGGCAUCGGUUGACCGUGAUGGAGAAUUUCUGGGAAUCGUACGUAUCGCUAGAUGCGAUCGAUCGUCAUCUGCUGCUCGAUACGGUACACAAUCAGCGUAAAGUAAUUUGCAUUCCGUACGGUGUUACGUUCGCUAACUGAAUCUUGCACAUUCCACAUUCGGUU